ACGCAACGCCCCGCCCGCAGCCAUGCGUACUGAGCUUGUUAUCGGGUCGCUUGUUAUGACUGGAGAAGGCCUCGGACUCAAUUAAAACUCUUCCCCCCGUUGCUGCCCCGGGACAGCUGCAUGCUCAUGGAGGGCAUGGACAUAGACUUGGAUCCGGAGCUCAUGCAAAAGUUCAGCUGCAUGGGCACCACGGAUAAAGAUGUCCUUAUCUCGGAGUUCCAGAGGCUGCUUGGCUUCCAGCUCAACCCGGCUGGUUGCGCCUUCUUCCUGGACAUGACCAACUGGAACCUUCAAGCAGCUAUUGGGGCAUAUUAUGACUUUGAGAGUCCAAAUAUCAACACACCUUUGAUGUCUUUUGUGGAAGACGUGACGAUCGGAGAGGGAGAGUCGGUCCCUCCAGACACACAGUUCACAAAAACAUGGAGGAUACAGAACACAGGUGCAGAAUCGUGGCCUCCGGGUGUUAGUCUGAAGUACGUUGGAGGAGAUCAGUUCGGUCAUGUGAACAUGGUGAUGGUGCGAUCGCUGGACCCGCAGGAGAUCUCCGAUGUGAGCGUGCAGAUGCGUAGUCCAGCCGUUCCUGGCAUGUACCAGGGCCAGUGGAGGAUGUGUACGGCCACUGGACUCUUCUACGGAGAUGUGAUCUGGGUGAUUUUGAGUGUUGAGGAGGGCGGCCUGUUGGGCGUCACGCAGCAGUUAUCCUCAUUUGAGACGGAGUUUAACACGCAGCCACACCGCAGCCUGGAGGGAGACUUCAACCCUUUCGCUUCCCCGCAGAAGAACAAACAGGACACCAAUGAGGAUCAUCUAAAAGACCCCGGGGGCCCAUGGGAGGCCCCUCUGGACUCCAUUCAGCAAGAUCAAAAUGGACUCACUCACAACUCUGUAAAUAUUACACCAAAUGGUCUCCAAAACAACUUAUCAGUAGUGACGUACAGCCAGGGGAUUCCUGGACCCUUCCCGUUUGGACAGUCUUAAGAAACAGAAACCACCGUCUAGCUCACCUGAGCUGCUACUUUUGCCCUUUUCUGGGGUUCAGUGAGAGGAGGAGUGGAUUUAUUCCAAAGACUCGGUGACUCUCUCUCCCCCAACACAUCACAACAUCACAGAAAGUGUGGACAAAUCGGUUCGGCUCCAAAUCAAUAUUCAACCAACACCUGAGUUACGCAUGUGUGAAUGCUAGAUUUAGAUUGAGUGCUAGAAGUGAUAUAAUGAAAUACACAGUUUUUGAUCUGUAUCGUCACAUUACAGCAGUAAGAUUUGAUGUGCGAGGGAAAAGAAAGAGAGGCGGGUGGGUUAAUAGAUGAAUGAAUGACAUUCAGGAAUCAUUUCAAAGCAAAAUCAAAUAAAAAAAGAAUAUUAUAUUUUGCAGAAUAUAAAGAAAAGUUUUCAAAUUUGUGACACUAUUUUUAUGACAAUUAUGAUUUAACACUUUUUUUUUAAUUGUCAUAAAUACUAAAAGUCUGUUUAAUUGACAUGAAAAUAAUGUCACAGAAAUAUUUCCUUUUAAUGCCAAAUAUAAUUUCUUUCUGAUUCUUGAGAUGUUUUCUGAAUAUGUGUGAGAUGUGCGAAUGUUCGACCAUGCGCAAAAAGCCAUCGACGAAGAAUUAACACCUGUUAAGUAGUAAUUUUACAUCGACUUUUACUUUAAAUAAGGAAUUGUUUUGAAGUAGAAAAGUUCAAUGUGUCUACUCGAAGGUUUAGUUGCAUAAUUGGUAAAAACAACCAUUUCUAUCGAUUCUUUGCCAGCCACAUUGUUAAUUCAUUACAAAAUUGCUCGGGAUUCAAUGCCGCCACCACGCAAGUUCGAUACAUCGCUGUUAUCAGAAACACGGUCAUGAUCUUGUUGCUGUUAUAUUUGUUUACAUCUGUAUUGUUCUUGAGUGCUGAUGUUGAUUUUUUUACUAUCCAUCAAAGAUAAAAGUUAACAAAAGUGGCUUUGAUUCCCUCACUCGCCGAGUCCACAAGCACAUGGAUGCAUUUUCUAAGUCAUCUGUUUGUGUUGUUCACCUAGACUUAAGAUGGUAUUAAGCUGUUUUAAAUGAGACUGAGGGGUUUUAAAGAGGGAAGGUGUGUGAAUGGGACCAUUAAAGAAAUACUCUGGGUAAAGUUUAAUUGAAUUGAAUCGGAAUCGGAAUCGAAGUUGAAAGUGCAUUUCUGCAUAGACGCAAACGGGUACACCUGGAUAUUAUUUCUGCGUUCGUUAUCAGACUAUAAAUUUAACCCAAAAUAUUUCUUUAAUUUGUAUUCGCUUGAAUGAUUCAUGAAUGUUAAAAAUGUUGAUUUCGCUCCAGAUAAUAUUUUAAUGCGUAAAGAAAAUGUGUGAAAUUUAUGUGUGGGUUUGAAUUGUGCCUCUGUGUUUGGUGGUAUGAUGGAAAGCUUCUUGGAUGUUUAUAUCGAAAUAUAUCUGAAAGGCCCGCGUGCCGUUUUACUAGCUAUUUUCUGUCUUUAUAAAUCAUACACGAAACGAACGACUGCUUUCUAUUAUGUUUUCCGUCUAAUAAAAUAGAAAUUGGGUUAUGUGAUGAGAAUUAAAGCGUUUAAACAAAUCGGGGUAGCGUCCCAAGCAGUAUGCAAAUCGAUUGUCUAAACUGACCUUUGAAAGGCAAAUUGAUUGAUGUUAUCGCAUCCGUUUCCCCCAACAUUGUGUCCAGAUUUUUUGAAAUGCAUUGCAAAUGAUCUAUGCAUUGUUUUUCAUAUUCAAAAAAGUUGUGCUUGUAGUUAAAAGCAUACAAAGCGCGUAUACGGACAGAGAAAUACUGACAGUGCUCGGCCCAUCCACAGCUUAUUUGGUGAAUUUUCUUUUUUUUAUCAGUAAAAUGUUUAAUCUGAGCUGUGUUUGUGAAUGUCCCAAACGGCACACACAUGUAUUUGACACUUUGGAUUUUCCUUUUUGUGUGUGUGUGUGUUUCUUCUGCAUGUGAGAAGUGUGAUUGAUUCAUUGCCGCGUUGUCUUUCUUUUCACGUUUUCUUUUUAUUCUCUUGGAUUUUUUGCACCACGUCAUGGUGUGUGAUUGAGAGGAGUGUUUGCGUAGAGUCCUAUAACAGCACAGUGAAAAAGAGAAAAUAUGAAACGCCUUUUCCUGUAUGUAUAAGUGAACAUUUGUAUGAUUAAAUUAACACUGAAACAAAUAAG